UGGGCCUGGGGUUUACAGGAUGCCCAGGCCGAGGAGGAGAUCAAGCAGGAGAUGAACACACUGCAGCAGAAGCUAAAUGAGCAGCAGAGUGUGCUCCAGCGUAUUGCUGCCCCUAAUAUGAAGGCCAUGGAAAAGCUGGAAAGUGUCCGAGACAAGUUUCAGGAGACCUCAGAUGAGUUUGAAGCAGCUCGAAAGCGAGCCAAGAAGGCCAAGCAGGCGUUCGAGCAGAUCAAGAAGGAGCGCUUUGACCGCUUCAAUGCUUGUUUUGAAUCUGUGGCCACCAACAUUGAUGAGAUCUACAAGGCCCUGUCCCGCAACAGCAGUGCCCAGGCAUUCCUGGGCCCUGAGAACCCUGAGGAGCCCUACUUGGAUGGCAUCAACUACAACUGCGUGGCUCCUGGCAAACGCUUCCGGCCUAUGGACAACUUGUCGGGCGGGGAGAAAACAGUGGCAGCUCUGGCCCUGCUCUUUGCCAUCCACAGCUACAAGCCAGCCCCCUUCUUCGUCCUGGAUGAGAUCGAUGCUGCCUUGGAUAACACCAACAUUGGCAAGGUGGCAAAUUACAUCAAGGAGCAGUCGACUUGCAACUUCCAGGCCAUCGUCAUCUCUCUCAAGGAGGAGUUCUACACGAAGGCUGAGAGCCUCAUUGGAGUCUACCCCGAGCAAGGGGACUGUGUGAUCAGCAAAGUCCUGACCUUCGACCUCACCAAGUACCCAGAUGCCAACCCCAACCCCAAUGAGCAGUAACAGUAGUUCUGCCCUCCCGCCCUGUCUGGAUCCCUAAGCUGCCCUUCUCCCAAUCUCUGGAUAUUUGGCUCCCAACCUUCCCCUGCCUCCUGUCCUUGUUUGGUAUAGUCUUGAGAUUUAGGCACUGCUAUGAAGCAUGAAGAGGAACAGAGGUGAUGUUAGGUCUGGAGCAAAAUUCCUAAGCUACAGGCAGCAUCCCGGCCUCUGGAAGGAGGUGCUGAGCUGGACUGAGCUGAACAGGGCCAUCUGUCCAUCCCCUCUUCCCCUCCUGGACCUCUCCCCCAUCAACCAUAAUCAUAGGUCCCUUGGGCCCCCUUGCAUUUUGCUUGUGUGUGGGUAUGUAUGUGUGUAUAUGUGUGUCCGCAUGUGCGCAUGUGGGUGUGUUUGCAAAAUAAUAAAGAUAUUGGAGACCCAU